AGACGCAGUGGUGGUGGUGGGACGCUCCCGAGUGGUUGGUUUAUCCCGUGGCUCGAGCACAACACUUAACACUUGGGACUUAUACGCAGGACCUCCUUCUUCUGCGUGCAGGUCAGGUGUCCUUGGAGAGGCGGGCCGCCAGCUUAGGCCGCCUCACAGAAAACGGUGGUGCUCAGUGCUGGGCCGUGAGCGCGCCAAAACGGAGGCAGCGCCCGCGGAGAGCGCACGUGUGUCGCUUGGUUCUCCAGUUGGUCUUCACCCUCUCUUAGACACGUGCAGUCGCCAGGUCCUUAGUGAUGAUCCGGCCAAGAGCAGUACGAGGCCGGGUCCCCGUGGGGCGUAGCUAGCCAUGGCGAGCGGGUCGCACCAUUGCAAGGACUGCGGCUUGUACUUCGAGAGCGCGCGGUCCCUCGAAGUGCAUCUUCAGUAUCAUAAGGAGAAUUUGAUGAACAUGUGGAUGGGCAGUGAUGAACGUGGGCGUGAGGGUGGUGCGCUAGCACCCUCACCUGUGCAAGGUGAUUUGACGCCCUUGGGAGUGAGCAGCAGUGAGGGGGGUUUAGUGAGUAGUUCAGUGCAGAGUGUUAACGCAGGAGUCAGUUCGAGCUCCUUCACCGUGCCAUCACCAAUGCAAUAUGAAUACAAGAUGUCUCCAGGUCUUCAGUCUCCACAGGGGGGAGUGGUGCCUCAGGGCCCUCCCUCAGGACACGCACUCUCAGUAGGCUUUCCUCAGCAGUCGCCUGGAGGCUUCUACCCGGACUUUGGACAGCAGCACCAUCACCAGCCUCAACAACCCCAGCAGUUCGGUGGGUACCAGAUAGGAGGCUUCCUCAAUGGCAACUUCGAUGAUGGGUUCUACGGGCGUGGGACCAACACAGCCCCGAGGUUUCACCCGUACAUGGGUCGAUCUCCGGCGCCCACGCCCUCGCCAGGCAACCCUCACAACGACAUCAAGGAGGAGAUGCCGUCAGCCGACACACCUGAGAUCCUCGACUUGGAUUCGCAGAAGGUGUUAGGCAGUAGUGGCGUUCCACAACAACAACCACAGCCGGCGGGGUCGUUGCCGCCCAUGUGGCGACCCCACGAACAGUUUCCUUCCACGAGCGGCCUGACCAUGGGUGGUCUCCCACUGCAGCAGCCAGGCUUCCCGGGACCUCCAGCCCCGCCCCAACACAUCCCAGGUUUGGGUGGUGGCAGCUCCUACCUCUCGGGAGGUGGGGGCAGCAUGGGCGGCUACCACCCACAGGGGAUGACUAACCCCCCGCAGGCCAUGAGCAGCCCCACCAGUAUGUUUGGGGCUCCUCCGCCAUCGCCGCGAGAGACUGCGCCACCUUCAGAGUUCGCCUCUAACGUCAAAAGGCCGAAGAGCUUCAAGUGUGAAGACUGCAAUAAGUGGUUCACGAGUCACGGCCACCUCAAGCGGCACUACAACACAACGCUACACAAAAACAUGACGAAGUUGAACGGUAACAGCGCCUCUCGCUCAACGCCGGACCCCACCAGGCCGCCCAUACUCUCCCCAGGCGCCAAGAGCAUCGGCGAGGCUUCCAACCUCUCCAGCCAGGACGAGGAAAGCAACCUGUCUGCCACAGACGCCCUGGAGACACCGCCACCACCGCCCAUGCAGCAGCCUCCGCCAGCAUACAACCCGCCACCCACAUCCUUGUCAGGGUACCAGCCCCCAGGGGUGCCAGGGCCCUCACAAGGGCUCCAUGCAGCACCACAGUUCAGCCAGGCACCUCACUUUUUAGGGGGUGAGCAGCCUCCAACGGCACCCACGCUAUACCAUGGCCACUUCAGUACCAACCCGACGGGGUUUGGUAGCCAGCCUCCAGCUUCCAUGGGAGGUGGACCCCCUUUUUACCCCGGCAGCGGGAACAACAAUUUUGGUGGUUAUCAGACGCAGGGGGGCCACCAGGGCCCGGGGUUUCAUUCAAUGAAUGAUUUCCCCGGGCAAAGCCUGGAUGGCUUCAGUAGUUUCAAACUUGACAAUGAUCGUGGAGCGAGCGUCCUGUCCCGCUCCCCAGAGCCCGCGGGCGGUGACACAGGCUCGGAGGCCUCCAUGGAUUCUAGCGAGUCCGGCGGCACCACCAGCAGCAUCACCACCGAAGGCUCCUUCAGGUGUCAGGACUGUGGUAAGAUGUUCAACCGCAUGUGUUACUUGACGCAGCACCGUACCACCUACCACGAAGGCGAGAAGCCCUUCAAAUGUGGCACUUGCGGUAAACGUUUCCCCGAUGAGCUUACGUUCAGUGACCACCAGAGCAAGCACGCGGGGGAAAAGCCCUAUAAGUGUGAGGUCUGCCCCAAACAGUUCAACCAUAAGACAGACCUGCGCCGCCACAUGUGCCUCCACACGGGCGAAAAACCCUUCACGUGUGAGCAGUGCGGGAAAGGGUUUAUCCGUAAGGACCACAUGCUCAAGCACUUCCAGACACACCGUAAGAAAGCAAUGGCCGCCGCUGCCUCCGGCCCCCCUUCCCACCCCCCUGGGCCGCCUAUGAACCACGGUCCCCCAGGUUUCCCGGGCCACCACCCGGGCCACCGCCCAGGUGUCCCGCACGGAGCCAUGGCACACCCGGGCCAUGGCCCACCUGGCCAUCCGGGCCACCCUCCACACGUGGUGGCUCCUCCAGUUUACUGAUGAUGGCCAAACUGUGGCCCCGGAGUGGGCGGCGUGUACCCCUGUGGGUGACCUGGCCGCACACGCCCGCGCCCGUCUUCCGCCGGUGCUGAGUUCCUGUGGCCGCCACGCCCCGCAUCUACCUCACGCGGCUUCCGCCGCCCUGUGAUACCGCGCCAACAUUCCAUGCCGCGGGCGGCCGCCCCUGUGCCAUACUGACCCCGCCGCCCACCCGGGUGGUUAGGGUCGCCCCGGCCCGGCCCCGUGCCUCGCGUUCCGUGCCUGAGGCGUCCGUUACCUCGCAUCAUGUCCUCAUCUUACUAUGAAACACACCCGCUCAGAGGCUCGUGGUCCAGUGUGCAGGGAAGUGAUGAUACCUGUAUCAGUAUUGUUGUGGCCGCCGCCCGGGUGACCCCUCACCUCCUACCCCUCUCCUGCCACCUGCUGCUUGACCUCCCUCACCCCACGUGUCUCCCUCCCCUCCAUCUGCUUGCUCCACUUGUCUCGCCACUCUCAUCUCUCACAUCACCUUUACCUGUGUCCCGUUUUCUGCAGCCUCUCCCUCCCUUCCACCCAUUCCCCGCGACCUCC